AUGAAGAUUGUAAUUCAUUGUGAAGCCGAGCGACAAUUUCGUCAACAAACACAAAUUGAAUGUCAAACAAAAGACAUCAAGUCAGGUGGCAGAGUCUCCAUCAACAGAAGAAGAGACAAAAGAUGGGAAGGGAAAGUGCCGAUCCACCGGGGCCACAGACCCAAACCAGAGUAUAGGAGCCAGCCAAAAAAGGAAAGGAUCACAUCUAGCUCCAAGGCACAGAACGCCAAGAGACAAAGUAAACGAGAAGCUGAAAGAAAGAGAAGUAAAAAUUCACCAGGAUGCAGAAUGAAAGGCAUCGGCCAGCUACGACGCCAAAAAUAUGCGGUGCUAGUCAAGUUUUGA